AUGAAAAACUCAACCAAUAUUGUAUCCAUUAUUUUAACAGGAUACAGUGACAUUGGGCAUAUUGCAUAUCUUUACUUUACCAUGUUGUUAGCAUUUUAUCUUUGCAUAAUAUUUGCCAAUGGUUUUCUUAUUGGAGUAAUUUGUAUGAAUAGAACUCUUCAUGAGCCCAUGUACCUGUUUGUUUGCAGUCUUUGUGUGAAUGAAUUAUAUGGCAGUACAGGUUUAUUUCCUUGUCUUUUGGUAAAUCUGAUCUCAAAAACUCAUGAAAUUCCUCUCACAUAUUGUUACAUGCAGAUGUACUGUUUGUAUACUUAUGCAACGGUAGAGUAUUGCAAUUUGUCAGUUAUGUCUUAUGAUAGAUAUAUGUCGAUCUGUUAUCCUUUACAGUACAACAGCAUCAUGACACAGAGAAGAGUGUGUAUUUUACUGGUACUUACAUGGUCAUAUUCCUUUUGCCAGUAUGGUAUUACCCUAUCUUUAAAUGUGCAUUUACAACUGUGUGGUAAUAUCAUGGAGAAAGUGUGGUGUGACAAUUACUUGCUGGUCCGACUUUCCUGUUCAGAAACAACUAUAAAUAAUAUAUAUGGAUCUUAUGCAACUGUCCUAACUAUUUGUGUUCCACUGGUACUCAUGUUGUACUCAUACAUCAGGAUCAUCAACAUUACUGUUAGUUCUGGUUAUGCUGCAAAAAAGAAGUCUCUAUGCACAUGUGCCCCUCAUAUUGUUUCACUACUGAAUUAUUCUAUAGGUUGCUCUUUUGAAAUCAUUCAGAGCAGACUUGAUAAGGCAAAUAUCCCAAACACGCUGCGUGUGAUUAUUUCAAUAUAUUUUUUAAUGAUUCCACCACUUGUUAAUCCAAUUAUGUAUGGACUAAAAAUGGCUAAAAUUAGAGAAGUAUCUACAAAAGUUUUUAAAAGCAGAAGACCAUUUUCUUUACAAUAA